AUGACAGAGACCAGCACUGGGCGGCCAUACUGGCUCCACCCUCAGACCAAGGAGGCGCGCUGGGAGCCGCCGCCGCGCCGCGGCGCCCCCGGGCGGCCGCAGAGGCACCCCGCCGAGGGCGGCGGGCCUCCGCCCGGCAGGCGGGCCGGAGAAGGCCCUGGCGCCUCGCCGACGGGAUCCCGCGAGCCGAAGCCGCCCCCCGAGCCCCUCGACGAGACCUCGCGCGUGCGAGCCAGCGUGCUCGAGGGGCUGCGCAGGACGGAGCGGGAGGAGAUCGGCUCACGGAAAAAGAACUACAAGUUCCUCCUGCUGCAGUGGCACCCGGACAAGAACCCGGACAAGGCCGAGUUGGCCACGGAGAUCUUCCAGUUCCUGCAGCAGCAGCGGGACUGGUACCUGAAGGAGUGA